UUCAGUCAUUCAUUCAUGGCGGAGCUUCGGCGUUGUCUUUAGAUAUAGACCGAAGUCGGCUCUUCUUCUUCUUCUUCAUUUUCCCAUUUGACCGUUUCAAAAUCUGAUCUUUCUCUAUUCUCAAAUUAAAUCAUGCUAUUCUCAAGGGGAUUUCGUCGGAUUCCGACCACCACCUUCAAUGGGUUUUCGCGUUGGUUCAUCUCGCACCGACCCGAGUACUCACAGACCACUUCUCAUUGUUCCAGAGACUCGACCCGGAAGGUAGUAGUAGCAUCUCUAGCCAAACAGCUUGUGAGUGGUGUAACCAUGAAAAUGACAUAUACAUAUGAUCAACAUUGUAGCAUGGUAUAUUAUAUGCAAAGGAUGUGUUACAAUACUACAUUUGGAACCAGAAGUAGACCGAAUUAUGGAGAACAUGAUAAUGCCAAUGGUGGGUAUGAAAGAUUUAGGGAAAUGGGUCGUGAGAGUUCUGAGGAUUUUGGUGCAUUUGGAUGUUCCAGAGGCGAUUCUGAAAACAAUCAGAACUUUAAUUUUGACGAGUCUGAUGGUAGCGAUGAUGAAGUAGAAGAAGGAGAGGAGAGUGAUGGUAAUGAGGAUUAUAUGGAGUUGAAGUUGACUGAUAAUAAUAAUAAUGCACAUGAAGAAAAUGUUUGUAGAGUUGAAGGUGAUGAGGAUGAUGAAUCCAAACACCCUUUGGUGAGAGAAGUUUGUAGGUUAAUUGAUCUUAGGUCGACUUGGAACUCAAAGCUUGAAGGAGAAUUAAGACACUUGUUAAGGAGCCUCAAGCCUAGGCAGGUUUGUACUGUUCUGCGUUCUUUUGAAGAUGAACGAAUUUCUUUGAAAUUGUUUUAUUGGGCUGAUCGGCAAUGGCGGUAUCAACAUGACCCAAUAGUAUAUUAUGCAAUGCUUGAAAUUCUUAGCAAGACUAAGUUGUGUCAGGGUGCUAAGAGGGUCCUGAAGCUAAUGGCUCGCCGGAGAGUACAGCGUACACCUGAAGCUUUUGGUCUUGUGAUGGUUUCAUAUAGUAGGGCAGGCAAGUUGAGGAAUUCACUGAGAAUGUUGACUUUGAUGCAGAAAGCAGGGAUAGAGCCUAAUCUGUCAGUAUGUAACACUGCAGUCCAUGCUCUAGUUAUGGGGAAUAGGUUAGAAAAGGCAUUGAAGUUUAUGGAACGUAUGGAAAUUGUCGGAAUUAGGCCAAAUGUUGUCACCUACAAUUGUUUGAUAAAAGGAUAUUGUAAUGUGCAUCGGAUUGAUGAUGCCUUAAAGCUGAUAGCUAAAAUGCCACUUAAGGAUUGCAGCCCAGAUAAAAUUAGUUACUAUUCUGUGAUGGGUUUUCUUUGCAAAGAAAAAAGGAUCAAAGAAGUUAGAGGGCUGAUUGAGAAAAUGAACGAUGCGGGAUUGGUUGCAGACCAGGUUACCUAUAAUAACCUUAUCCUUAUGCUCUCAAAACAUGGGCAUGGAAAUGAGGCCCUUGAAUUUUUAAGGGAAGCUGAAACAAAGGGAUUCCAUGUUGAUAAGGUUGGGUAUACUGCAAUAGUUCAUUCAUUCUGCAAGGAAUGUAACACUGACAUGGCGAAAGAAAUUGUGAAUGAGAUGUUCUCGAAAGAUUGCAUUCCCGAUGUUGUAACAUACACCUCUGUUCUUAAUGGGUUUUGUAGGGAAGGAAAGCUGGAUCAAGCUAAAACAAUGCUUCAACAGAUGUACAAGCAUGGUUGUAAACCAAAUACUGUAUCCUAUACAUCCUUAUUAAACGGGCUUUGUCAAAGUGGCAAGACAUUAGAGGCAAGAGAGAUGCUGAAUAUGAGUGAGGAAGAUUGGUGGACUCCAAAUGCUAUAACUUAUAGUGUUGUGAUGCAUGGUUUUCGUAGGGAAGGGAAAUUGGUUGAGGCCUGUGAUCUUGUUGAAGAGAUGAUUAGAAAGGGAUUUUUUCCAAACUCAGUUGAAAUAAAUUUAAUGAUUCAAUCUCUAUGCCGAGAGGGAAAAACAAAUGAAGCUAAGAAGUUCAUGGAGGGGUGUCUGCAAAAAGGGUGUGCUGUUAAUGUUGUAAAUUUUACUACUCUUAUUCAUGGAUAUUGUCAAAAGGGUGACAUGGAAGCUGCUCUAUCAUUGCUUGACGACAUGUAUCUUAGCAACAAACACCCUGAUGCAGUCACCUAUACAGCGCUAGUCAAUGCAUUGGGGAGAAAAGGUAGAAUAGAAGAGAUGUCUACGCUUAUGGCAAAGAUGCUCGGAAAGGGUGUAGAUCCUACUCCUGUAACAUACAGAACAGUUAUUCAUUGGUAUUGUCAGAUUGGCAGGGUUGAUGAUUUGUUGAAAUUAUUAGAAAAAAUGCUUGUAAGGCAGAAAAGCAGGACUGUGUAUAAUCAAGUCAUUGAGAAGUUAUGUAGUUUUGGAAACCUUGAAGAGGCUGAAAAACUCUUGACUAAGGUUUUGAGAACAGCUUCAAAAAUUGAUGCUAAUACAUGCCACAUUCUUAUGGAUAGCUUUUUGAGCAGAGGGUUUCCUAUGUCAGCUUAUAGAGUGGCCAAUAGGAUGUUCAAUCGGAAUAUGAUACCCGAUUUGAAAUUUUGUGAGAAGUUGAGUAAAAGACUGAUGUCAGAAGGAAAUUUAAAAGAGGCAGACAACCUUAUGUUAUGGUUCGUAGAGCGUGGAUGCAGAUCACCUCAGAAUCAAGAGUCUGUGUAAAGUUGACAUGGAUUAUUUUGAGCAUAAGAAACCUCUUACUCUUAGCCUUCAUUUUUUGGACAUUCUUUGGAGAUAGUAAAUUCCGAGGAGCAUGACCUGGGGUAAGGAAGCUUGAAGAUUACAAUAAAGCAGUAGUUUUUAGAUCUUGAGCUUUUUCAAACCAAGAAAUAGUCUCUAUUGGUUUGGUGAGUUAACCUUUGCACACAAGUCCCCUUGAAUGAAGUACUGGGGUCCGGGAUGAGAUAAAGGCAUUACCAUAUGAUGGAACACUGGCCAAACCGAAAUCUACGGGCAAUGAGUUGUGUAUGUUGUGAGAAUGAGUUAUGAAACUGACUGGUGAGUUAGGAUAGGAGCACUUUGAAUAAGAAAAUGGGACCAGUCAACUAUUGUCUUAUCAAACAGGCAUCUAUUGUAACAUGUAAAUGUGCCAAAUCUAGCUAAGGACAUAAUCUUGUCCAACUAGCUAGGUGAAAGGAAAAACCUCUUCCUUGCUUAGUGGGCCUUAAGAGAGAGAUGAUGAUAAGGUUGAAUGGCAAGAUGAGGUUUCAUAUGGGAUAUAAUUGUGUUGAAUAUUGGAACAGUUUAUUCAGUGAAUGCAGUUUUUGUUAUUGUGCUGAGAUUUUCAGCUCAAGAAUGAAGAUGACAUGCUUCAAUUAGAGACCCCUUUCAACCAAAGAUGACAUGCAAUUAUGUACAUCUCAUUUAGUUUGAUAUUACAAUGAAUAUUGUUUUACAGGUGGCAAAAUCUGUAAUGCUAGCCAUCUAAUUUGGUUGCUACCUACUGUUGUAUUUCAAUUUAUUUUCUAAUAUACAUUUUAGUUUUCAUCUAAGAAAAAAUAAUUGCAUGUUUUUCUUAUUGACACUCAAAGGAGUCUUUUGAUUUCUUUCUGAUGUGACUUUUUCUUGAUCCCAGGUUAGCUGCACCUGAUCUCAUGCUGUAAUGCAAAGGAGCCUUAAGAUUUGAUUACAUCUUUCUUAUAUCUAUCUUUAUAUUAUAUAUGUCCCUUAAGUUACAAAAGCAAAAUGCCAAAAAAUCACAAAGAAAUGGUACUAUACAAUGUGUAAGUGUGUCAUUUUGACUAAUGUAUUUUGAUUAUGAAGUGAUUAAAGAUGGUACAAUGUUUUACUGUAUCC